GAGGGGUGCUGCAGAAGGCGUUUGACUUCUGAUCUCUCAACAGUUUCUUGCCAAUGGUCCGUUGAGACAGACAGCGACGAUCGUCUCCAGUCCAGUGCAAGUUGCCGUGGCAUAUAAGGGAAUCAUCGGCUGUGUUUUUCAUCCACCGCUGCAAGUGUUAGUGUCUCCAAAGUGUCGUCGGAAAGUGAGUGCACAAAUAAGUAACAACGCAGGUUCGUUUUUAGUGUGGCUGUGAAGUGAAAAUAUCUCCAACUCGGUUUGUGUGUGUUUUUUGUGCGAAAAGUGACUGACUGUGCAGCUUCUGCAUACGAUCACGUGCGUCCUCUGGAUCGAUUUUUUACCGUAAAAAAGGGUCGGUUGAAUUGAAGUCGAACAAAAACACAACCCUCCUCCCCCUAAAACAGCACAAACAUGGGAACGAAGAUCGAGUACGUUGACUCGAGUCACAUGUACGCGACCAACUACAUCCGCAACUCGAAGGCGAUCGCCGUCCUGUGGGCGAUCUUCAGCAUUUGCUACGCGAUCAUCAGUGUCGUCGCGUUCGUAACACCAGAAUGGGUUGGCGAUGCAGAUUCCGACAUUGGCGGGCGUCUCGGGCUGUGGCAGGUGUGCCAGAAAGACGAUCUUACCGAUAGCUGUACCGGCCGGCUGGAGGAACUGCUGGAAAUGCAAUCCAUCGCGUUUCAGGUUGCAACAGUGUUUUGCGGGCUGGCGGUGGCCACUUCCGUGCUGGCGAUCUGCUACCUACUGCUGAUGGUGUUCAUGAAGUCAACGACCGUCUUUCACAUCUGCGGCUGGAUGCAGAUGCUUUCCGCUCUCUGCAUGGUGAUUGCCUGCGUUUCGUUCCCGUUCGGAUGGAACUCGGACGAGUUCCGUAAGGUUUGCGGUCCAGAGUCGAACCGCUUCGAGGUUGGGCUGUGCAGUUUGCGCUGGGCCUAUCCGUUGGCGAUCAUUGCCUGCAUCGAUGGAUUCAUUCUGGCCACGCUGUCCUUCAUCCUGGCGACACGACACGUCCGUUUGCAGCCUGAACCGCAAUACCAAAGCAGAGAAAUUAACAACGCGUACGUGACGGAUGUGGCCAGUAUCGCCGGCUCCCGCAAGUCGCUCAAUCUACAGCCCGUACUGCUGGUGGCACCGCCACACAUAAUCUUCUAAGCGCCUGCAAAUGUGCGCCCCACAAAUCAAUCCUUCAGCUGAGCCGGCCGAGUGAAUGCGCUAUUUUCCUCGCACUGUGGAUGGCCCAGGGCUUCUAACCAAACAAACGGACACCGGCUUGGAGACACCCAUUUGUACAGAGAAAAGUGUGUAGCCAAAAGGCAAUUGUUUCGAUUCGAUCGUGUUUUUUCUUCUUCUCUUGCAAAUGUUUUACGUAUUAGAUAGCGUCCCGAUUCGUAAGGGGUUUAGAGAAUUUUAGCUUUUUUCCCCAGGGGGAAGGGCAUAAGUAAAACCUUCCCCGGGAUGGUAAUAUACCUUACACUUUAAGCAAUGUCUUCAUAGUAAGCCCCCCCUACCCCCAUCUAUACUCUAGGAUAUUACUUUUAGUAAAGGGGUAAUACAUAUUUAUUCGAGCUUUAAGAGACGUACCGAAGCGGGGAGCGUUUUAUUGUUUUCGGAUAGUUUCGGAACCGUUAGCAAGCCUUUCCCUUCCAAAUCUGGCCCUUUCUUCCUGUUUGGUUUAGCUGAAUCCUACAAAACGAGUAUGCUUUUCUAGCGUCUUUAAGCAGUCUGAAUGUUAUUAUUUUUAGUUGAUUUAAGUUUUACAACGUAUGUGUAAUGUAGAUGUGAAAAUCGGAAUCCAAUAAAUGUUGACUUUCACAAAUAA